UUUAUUGGUGUGUUGCAAAGAAUCAAGUUGGAAGUGCAGCUAGCCGUAAUGCAACACUUACUGUAGCAGGAUGUCACUUGUUGAUGCAGGAAAUCUUUUAAUGUCUGAUGUUAAGCAAUCCGAUCAAGGACAAUAUCAAUGCAUUGCUUCAAAUAUUGUUGGUGUUCGUGAAUCAACUAUUGCAACACUAACUGUAAAUGUGAAACCAUAUUUUAUAAAAACGCCAUUAAGCCAAACGAUCUUAUUAGAUCAAACAGUAGAAUUCGCAUGUCGAGUUGGAGGUGACCCUUCACCAGAAAUACUUUGGCGUAGACAAGAUGGAAAAAUGCCGAUUGGACGAGGGCAUAUUCUAGAUGAUAAGAGUCUAAGGAUUGAUAGAGUUUUGUCAACAGAUCAAGGCACAUAUAUUUGUGAAGCUGAUAAUGGAGUUGGUACCAUAUCUGCUAAUGCUACUCUCACUGUAUUCUGUAAGUAUUUGUUAAUACAUGGAAUAAUAGACACAUAA